GUGAUAUAUUCAAAGAUAUUGAUAAAUAUUCAUCAUCUCAUGAUAAACUUGGCAUCUAUUAUGAUUCUCCUAAAACAUCAGUUGAAAAACGACGAUUUGCUGUUGGUGCUAUUGUUGAUGAAAUAAACGAUCGAGAAUUAAUAAAACAAAUGCAAAAAAAUAAUUAUAAAAUUUUUAAACUUCCACAACCUAAUCGAUCAAUUUAUACAACAUUCCCAUUUAAGAAUCUUUUAUCGAUUUUUAUUGCAAUUAUGAGAGUUCCUUAUCGAUUGGGAGAUUAUAUUCAAAAAAAUAAACUAGAAGCUCAUCCAUUUUUAGAGAUUUAUAAACGACCAUUAAUUCAUUAUAUUAUACCAUUGAGUAAUUUUAAUGCUUAUAAUGUUCCUGAAAUCAACAAUGAAUGA